AUGGAGGGCAAGGUGGAGUUACGAAUGAUGAGCAUGAACAUCAUGGAUUCGGGCUUGGUGAAGAUUUCCAAGCAAUACACGUUGAAUACCACCCGUAAAUUUCUCAACGGAGUUCUAACAUCAUCGAGCUCCUUGCGGCGAACCGUCACUGGACAAAUGAGCAAGCAGAACCAAUCUAGAAGGCGAUUGCUACGAAUCACACUUUUCCAGCAACCACAUUUUUCCAGCAACUACAGCAAUCAGCCACUAUCGCUCGCCAGCGGACCUGUGAGGCAACUGCAUCCAAUCAAGAGCUCUGGAGGUAAUGACUACGCCUUUGACAACUUGGUUCACGCCAUCACAUUUCUUGGAGAUCUUCGAGGGAAGCAAGAGAAGUACAAACAACUCAACGAUAUACUUUGCAAGAAGACCGGAUUCACUUCCUGCUAUCCCAUAUCUUUCCAGACCUACACUGGGAAGGCGGUGGCUAACUACAAUAGCUCUAAAUUGGCCACACUGAGACCACUGCGUUCCUGA